GCUCCGGGCGAGCCGCGGCACCGCCUCGGCGGGCGGCGCCCUCCGCGCGAGGGGAAGAGCUCCGCAGCGCGGCGGCGCCGGGACCGCGGCGCAGCCCCGGGGACAGGGCUCGGCCCGGCGGCGCCGCCGCCCCCGGGACGGACGCGCCGGCGGCAAGAUGGGCGCCCUGGCCCUGGCCCUGGGGAUUUUCCACUACCUGGGGCUCUACCUGCAGCUCGGCGCCGCCUCCCGGCACCCCCCGUGGGACGCCCCGGCGGCGGGCAGCGCCCUCUUCACCGAGACGCCCCACGACAUGACGGCCCAGGCGGGCGAGGACGUGGAGAUGGCGUGCUCCUUCCGAGGCAGCGGCUCCCCCUCCUACUCCCUUGAGAUACAGUGGUGGUACGUCCGCAACCACAAGGACUGGACGGACAAACAGACGUGGGCUUCCAACCAGCAGCUGAAAGCAUCACCGCUGGAGGAGCCUGGGAAGGACGCGACAAAAAUAAGCGUGGUGAAGGUGGUCGGCAGCAACAUCUCCCACAAGCUGCGGCUGUCGCGGGUGAAGCCGGAGGACGAGGGGACCUACGAGUGCCGGGUGAUCGACUCCAGCGACGGCAAGGCACGGCACCACAAGGUGAAGGCGUACCUGCGGGUGGAGGCGGCGGGGGACGUGGGGCACCCCCAGGACACCCAGCUGCGGGGCGCCCCGCUGCCGGACCCCGCCGCGCCGGGCUCAGCCCACGCGCACCACCACCACCACCACCACAAAGCCGGGAAGGAGCUGAAGAAGCGCUCGGCAGACGCCUCCUGUGUGCUGUAGGCGGGCGGUGCCGGGGGGGGGACACGCCGGAGCCCCCCGCCGCCCCGGACUCAGCGGAGCCGUCGAGGGUCCCGCGCGCCCUGCCAGAGACUGGCCCCGCCACCCCGUCUCGCCCACCGAUCCCCACCACCUCCUCCUCCCGCCGGCCGCUGCCGCCUCGGUUUCUUCCCCAGCCGUGUGGUGCAGCGGUGCCGGGGCUCGGUGUGGGAGCAGGACCGCGUCCGCGCCGGGGGGGCGUUGCUGGGACCGUGCCUGGGGCCGGGGCGUGCGCCCACACACGGUGGUCCCCGUCCUCACCGGCCCCGUGCGGGUGGGCGCCCCGCUGCUUGCUGCCACCCGCGGUGCCACGGGCCGUGAUGCGCCCCAGCUUUGCGUGCCCGGUGGAGGCCCCCCCUGCCCGCGGGACCCUCCCUGCCCUCCCUCAUGCUUUGCAGAACCGUCUGUUCCCGUAGGAGGCCCAGUUUAGUUGCUCUGUUCCAGCCCCGCAGCGCGUAUAUAAGUUCCAGCAUUCAUCUUAUAGACCGUGUAUAUCGCCUCUCCCCGCCCCUGCCUGCCCCAAAGCCACCCCAGCACGACAAGGCCCGAGCUCAGCAGAGGAAGGACAGCGCGGCACGCUCCCGGCACGCUCCCGGCACGCUCCCCAGCACAGCCAUGGCGCUGCGGGCUGUGCCGCGGCAUCGCCCAGCCAGGCAGUUGCCCGCAGUCUGCGUGUGCCCAGGGAGCCGUGCCGUCGGAGCUGGCCCACUUUCACCCAUCGCUCCUCCUGGCCCUUUGCAUUUCACGGAGGAAGGGGGGCUCGGCCAUCGGCCCCAUCCACCCUCGCUCCGUCCCCGCUGCCCGUGCUGGCGUGGCUCUUGGCUGAGCUCCCCUUCCUCCUGUGCCGUGGCACUGUGGCGUCCCGGCCGGGGUCCGGCUCACGGGCUCCUGUGUCACAGUGCAAAUGGCAGAGCCCGUCCCCGGUGCCCCCACGGGUAAAACCACCAGUGGGGAUGGGGCUGUGGGGAGGGAGAGGGGGUCCCGAGUCUCCCCAUCAGGGUGCCGGGCGCUGCUCCCCCACCGCCAAUCACCUGCGCCGCCCAGCCUGCCGCCACCAGACCUGCUGCAGCUAAUAAAGCUCUUUA